UUGAAAUAACCAAGUGAAGAAGUUUGAAAAGAGCAUUCAUCAUGGAUUUAAAUGUGGGUCAUUGCUAUACAAACAAUAAUAAAUCUUGCAUAAAAUUAGACAGAGAACCUGAAACAUCUUUGUUGCUUUACUUUUUCUCAGGAGUUGUUAUUGUGGCAACAGUCUUUGGGAAUCUCUUGGUGGUUAUUUCUGUCUCUCAUUUCAAGCAGCUUCAUACACCCACUAACUUUCUUGUUCUCUCACUAGCUGUUGCAGAUUUUCUGAUAGGUCUGCUUGUUAUGCCUUUUGAAUUUUCUUCAACAAUAGAAUAUUGCUGGUAUUUUGGAAAAGGAAUUUGCCCUUUUUAUCUCAAUUAUGCAAUUCUAUUGAGUUCAGCUUCUGUUGCACAUUUGGUUGUCAUUUCAAUGGAUCGUUACAUUGCUGUGUGUCAUCCAUUCUUUUACAGCAGUAAAAUGACUAAUGCUGUAAUGGCCUUUUGCAUUGCACUUGUAUGGCUUGUAUCCCUUUUGUUCACAUUGAUAUUUCUUCAUUUCAGUGGUGGUUCAAUUGACAUGGAAGAAUGUGACGGUCUGUGCAGGAUAAUUCAUUCUGCAUUCUGGUGGAGUGUUUAUCUUGUUUUUAUCUUUGCUUUGCCAGUUGCAAUUAUGAUAUUUUUAUAUGCAAUUAUAUUUUUAGUUGCAAAGAGUCAUGCAAGAGCUAUCAGAGCUUCUGUGCAGAAAAUGGAAAAUGGCGAGAGCAAAAAAAGCAAUCUGUCUAAAUCAUCUGAGAGAAAGGCUGCUAAAACAUUAGGGAUAGUUGUGGCAGUUUUUAUUAUCUGUGUGUCACCAAACUUCCUCAUUGGUCCAAUUCUUGAAAGUUUACCUGCUCAGUCUCUUUCUAGUCUUUUCAUGUAUGAUUUACAUGAUGGAUUUGGUUUGCUGUUUGUAAUAAACUAUGGCAUGAAUCCAUUCAUUUAUGCUUUUUUUUACCCCUGGUUUCAGAAAUCUCUGAAAAUGAUGGCAACUUUUAAAAUAUUUCAACCGGCAUCCUCACUAACUAACUUAUUUCCUGAAAAGUAGAAUUAAAAUAAAGUACAUGUGAAUGCACAGAAACACAUUUCACUUAUCAGGUUUGUAGAGAAUUAAUUUCUAAAUCGCAUGCUUUAGACUGCUAUGGUACUUCAAAAUUUUUAGUUGUUUCAUUAGAAAAUAAAAGAUGGUUUUGAUCGAGUCCUUCAGGAUUACACUUUUAUUUUAGGUAUUCUUUUGCAAAUUAAUUUUAAACUGAAUUCUUGUAUUUGUGGUAAACAUGUUUAAUU